AUUAUUAUACUUAUGAUGGUGAUGAUGAUGAUGAUAAUGACACUGAUGAUUUUUAACCGGAUUAAAAUCGAGUUUUUCUGAAUGUUUGUAAGAAUUUCUUCGGCCUCCUGAUUAACUUUGGAGUUUUACAUCUUGGGAGAGAAAGCAAAGGCAUUAGCAUUUUUAAGUGGAUUGAUCACGUAAACCUUCUCUCCCAACCUCACCCUUGUCCUCAACCCCUUCCCCACACUGGCAAUAAUUUUACUGGCUGUUAAGUCUGUGACCUUAUUUUUCCUGAUCUUUAACUUAACUGUUUUAGAGCAUCUCUGGACGUCUGUAUUUUUAAUUUUUUUUAUUUUUGUUUUUUUAUUUUUAAUCUUUCAUUUGUUAAAUUUUUAAACUGUGCUGCAAUAAAAUGUGUGUGGUACUACUUAACACCUAUUAUAGUGAUGGCAUUUUCCUGGAAAGCCAUCUUCCUCCUGUUUCCCUUGAAAUCCCAUCCUGCUUUUCCUGUACACUACUCCUCACAAACCACAAGCUGCAGCAACAUGGAUGCCCAGCCUGGAGCAGCAUCAGCCAGGAUGACCUGGAGCCAGGGGGGCCUUCGGAACAGAUGCACACCCUUCCUGGGUGAUGGUUUUUGUCUUUGUCAGCAACCUUAUCAUCGAACGCGAUGGCUAGCAAUGUUACCAACAAGACAGAUCCUCGCUCCAUGAACUCCCGUGUGUUCAUUGGAAAUCUCAACACUCUUGUGGUAAAGAAAUCCGAUGUGGAGGCGAUCUUCUCGAAGUAUGGCAAAAUUGUGGGUUGCUCUGUUCAUAAGGGCUUUGCCUUUGUCCAGUAUGUUAACGAGAGAAACGCCCGGGCUGCUGUAGCAGGAGAGGAUGGCAGAAUGAUUGCUGGCCAGGUUUUAGAUAUUAAUCUGGCUGCAGAGCCAAAAGUGAACAGAGGAAAAGCAGGUGUGAAACGAUCUGCAGCGGAGAUGUACGGGUCAGUACCAGAACACCCUUCUCCGUCCCCUCUACUCAGCUCCUCUUUUGACUUGGACUAUGACUUUCAACGUGAUUAUUAUGACAGGAUGUACAGUUACCCAGCACGUGUUCCUCCUCCUCCUCCUAUUGCUCGGGCUGUAGUGCCCUCAAAACGGCAGCGCGUAUCAGGAAACACCUCACGGAGGGGCAAAAGCGGCUUCAAUUCUAAGAGUGGACAGCGGGGAUCUUCUUCCAAGUCUGGAAAGUUGAAAGGUGAUGAUCUUCAGGCCAUUAAGAAGGAGCUGACCCAGAUAAAACAAAAAGUGGAUUCUUUACUGGAAAGCCUGGAGAAGAUUGAAAAGGAACAGAGCAAACAAGCAGUAGAGAUGAAGAAUGAUAAGUCAGAAGAGGAGCAAACCAGCACCUCCCUGAAGAAAGAAGAGACUAAUGUGAAGAUGGAGUCUGAGGGUGCUGCAGAUGACUCUGCUGAGGAGGGGGACCUACUGGAUGAUGACGAUAAUGAAGAUCGGGGGGAUGACCAGCUGGAGUUGAUCAAGGAUGAUGAAAAAGAGGCUGAGGAAGGAGAGGAUGACAGAGACAGCGCCAAUGGCGAGGAUGACUCUUAAGCACAUAGUGGGGUUUAGAAGUCUUAUCUCAUUAUUUCUUUACCUAGGCGCUCGUCUAAGAUCAAAAUUUCACCAGAUCCUCUCCCCUAGUAUCUUCAGCACAUGCUCACUGUUCUAUCUUUGUCCUUCCCAUGUUCAUAAUUGCCCUGCGCCUAGUCCUAUUUUCACUGCUUCUGACGCUCCUAGUAGUUUUGUUAAGUCUUACCCUGUAAUUUUGCUUUUUAAUUUUGAUACCUCUUUAUGACUUAACAAUAAAAAGGUUGUAUUGUUUUUAUCAGCUGUCUCCACAGUAAUCUCUCGUUAUGCAGGGAGUACAGUUAUUUCCAUUCAUACAUGAUUUCAGUAGUUGCUUCCCUAACUGCAAAGGCAAUCUCAUUUAGUUGUAGCAUCUGAGAGCAGCUUUGAGUUAAAAGUGUGUGUGUUACCCCACAUGAAAUACUUUGUGGGACUGUUGAACACAAAUGUAACAAUGUAUUUUUGUGAAUGAGAGUUGGCAUGUCAAAUGCAUCCUCUAGAAAAAUUAGUGUGAUAGUCUUUGUUUUCUAAAGUUGAUACUGUGGGUUAUUUUUGUGAACGGCCUGAUGUUUGGGAUCUUUUUUCUCAAAAUAAGUCCUUAUUAAACCAGGAAUUUGGAGAAAAACACCCUGGUUUUUUAUUUUUGUAUAAUUGUUUACUUCAAAUUCUUCGUUUUACAGCAGCAUCCACAAAACCUUUAGAAUGUUUUAAAUACUGUAUAUUUCUCUUGCGGUCAUUCAUGAUCAUUGUGCAUACUGUCAUACACAACUCAAGAUGGAUGUUGCAUUAAGUAGUAACUUUGACAGAGGGGACAUCAUUCUAAUUAUUACAUCCCCAGUUACCUUGUACUGGAUUUUGACUCUGCCUCAAUGUUACUAAAUAGAAAAGCUGUUUCUUUCCUGGUCUUCUGUAGUGUGUGCCUCCCCAGGUAACUGCGAUGGUGGUUGAGGGUUCCUACGUUUAUUUUACUUCACAGUGACUUUCUACAGACAUAUAAACUAAUCCUUUGUCAUUACCCACAGUUUGAUUAAUUGCAUUGAUUUUUAUGGUACAGUACCAGUUAGUACCUAAAUUUCUAAAAAUGGAUAUAUUAGACUGCUGCCAGAUUUAGAUGCUUGCCUAGUUGUCCUAACAUGCCCAGUUUAUUCAUGUUUAUCCUUCAGUUUUUCCAACAUAGUAGGAAAAGGAACUGAUAUUAUAAUGUAUACAGACCUAGAAUUCCUUGUAAAGUUGCUGUUAAUUGCUAGCAUGGCGCAAAGACAUUUGUCACAUCCUACCUUCUGUGAACAAAAGUCAUGUCUUGUUUAUAAAUAUUUGAGCUCCUUUUCUGUAACAGAUGAUAAAGCAGAAUAGAAGGAAAAAAUUCAACUAUAGCCUACCCUUGGAACCCAAAUGCAUGUUAUAAAGCUAGCUUCUGUUGAAUGUUAAUUUAGUAAAAAACUUGUACCGACUGUUUUCUAAUCUAAUGUUAUCUCUGUUGAACUUUUAGCAGGUAAUCCUUGACUAGAAAAUCAACUGGAUAUGUAGAAGAAAAUUUCAGAAGCCCAAGAUGCUAAUAAAACCUGUUGAACAUUAUAGUGUUAGCCAUUGAUGUUUGAAAGACACUAGACAAACUAGCCCAGGAUUCAAGUUGUCCACUUUACCCUUCCUUGUAGGACUUCCCAGCAUAAAGUGGUACAUGUAGUUUUUAUCUCUGGUGCUUUUUAAUUAUUGUGCUGUCAGAUUAGUGGUUGCUUGUAAGUCUCUAGAAAAGUAGAUUUUCAGAGAGACCAUUGAUAGCACAAUCAUGCUCUCAAAAGACUAGACAUGCUAGGGUUAUUGCUGAAAAUAUCAAUAACAUAGGUUGCCUUGUGAAGAGUCGUCUCGGUCUUUGGUUGCUGUGGAUUAUAAUUCCUUCCUAUAUUUAAGAACACAAUUGAAAACAAUGAUAGCUGUAUUUAAUCAGUACUUUGACAUUUCGGUUCCUAAGUCUGAACUUGGCAAAGAUGGUUAAAUUACAAAGGGUAAAAUACCAUUUGAAAUCCAGGCAAAUUAUGUAGUUUAUGCUUUUUAAAAAAGGUUGUUAGUGGUCGUUGAGGCAUGGAUCCAGGUGGUGGGUUUAUAGUCAUUGUAGCAUUCAAUCCUCAGCCCUAGAAAAUGAGAUUGAAAUUUGGUAGAUCUGUAGGAAUGGCACUGCCUGUAAUGGGGAAGGAAUGGUCAACACUUGGCAAAAAAUUAAAGAGAAUUUGGAGUAAUUUGUCUAAGUCUCAGGGGACUUAAUAUUAUUCAAGAGAAGGGUUAAACAUAUAUAUGCAUUUUAAUUGCUAUGAGCAGAACAGAAGUGUCUAAAGCCAUGAAAUUGAAGAAAAUAGACAGGAAUCUUAGGGCAUUUUCUAGCCGGAGUUGGACAACUAGAGGGGGUGGGGGGUGACUAAAAAGAAACAUUCUUCCUGGUGUUGCAUAGUUUCUGAUUGGGAAACUUGGUGCUUACCAUAUUUAUGACUGCUCUUUGAUUUUUGGAACCUAAGGUGAUGUUAGCUCACUAUUUAAGACUUACAAAGAUUGCAAGGUUAAAACUAGUUGUGAUUUUUAUACCCAUUUUAUCUUCUAUUAGGAACAGAACAAAUUAACCACGUGAGCUGUAGGGUACAUAAAAAGGAACUCCAUAAAUAUCAAAGCACCCCAGUACACAACUUAGCAGCAGUGUAUUUUUUAAUGAACAAAGCAGUAGGUGAAAAACCUAAUAUAUAACAUGGAAAAUACAAAAACAAGAGUGAGGACAGACUAAAAGUUGUGGUUUUGAUGUACCUAGACAAAAUAAAGUGCCUUUUGGAAGUAGUUGCAGAAUAGAGAACGCAUUGAAUGAGAUCAGUUGCAAGGCAUAUUCUGGGAAGUUUUGGGUUUUUUUGGUACCCGGGAUCGAACUUGGGUCCUUGUGCUUGUGCAGCAGGCGGCAAAACCCCUGAGCUAAAUCUUCAGCCCACAAAGGCAUAUUCUGGAAUUAACUGGUCCAAUAAUUGAAUUUUUUGGAGAGGAAACAUCAUUAGUGACUAAUGUGCUCUGGAAAACAAAGACCUGGUCACAUACUUUGUUCUUUUGAUUGAUAUUUUCAAUAAAAGGGGAAAAAAUCAGCUGAACCAACACCGGGGGAAUUUUUGUUUCUGGCCAUAGUUGAGAUCACUUCAAGAAAAAUGUAUUUUACUUAAAUUGAAAGGCAACCAAGAAGAAAUGUUCUGACAACUUGAGCAAACCAAUUGAAAAGUAUACACUGAUACAAAAUGAAUUACCAGUAAUUAAUUGGUUACAUAAGGGUAUAAGCUACUAAAGAACCCCAUUUCUGUUACCAGUGGUGUACUUCAGAUAAAAAUCAUUUAUUCUGAUAGAACAUUUGUGGUCUUUGUUUGUAAAGGCUUUGAGAGAAUAAACUGGCCAAGCACUCAGAAAAGAAGAUAGACACUAAUAUAUGCUUGGUAUGAGAUUCACGUUUUAUGAAUGGAAAUGUGAGGAGCCAAUUAAAUGUAUGUAAAAAUUCCAAGUUUCAAUUUUCAUUAGGUUAAUCUCAGGUCAUGGGCUAUGGACAUUUCCUCAAAGGUAGAAUACUUCCCUAGUAUGUACAAGGCACAGGUUUUGAUCCACAAGAGAAGAUGGAAAGGGAGUAACUAUAAAGUAAAUCAAUCCCUUCAAAGUAGUUGGAUUAGUACCUGAAGUUAAUUUUUAAAAUACUUUUUUUCUCAUGUUACAGGUUCUUGCUAAGUCGCCCAUCCUGGGCUAAUAACAUUCAUUUGUUUCACUAAAGCCACCCUGAGUGCUAGGAAUACUAGGCAUGGACCACCGUGCCUGCCACAGAAAGUUCUUUUAGGGCUGGUUAUGUAGCUCAGUGAUGGAACAAAAAGCACUAUGUUCAAUGUGUAGUAUCUCAAAAUUUUCUCCAUUUUAAAUAAGCACAACCCACCAGAAUAUUGGAAUCAAAGUCCUCAUAUAGCCUGGAGUCCCAUUUUUUAAAAUUCCAUUGGGAAAGUAUGAGAAAAGAGAAGGCAGUAAUGUCAUGGUGUAAAUGCCAAGGGCAGAAGCAGUGAAGCGUUGAAAUGCAAGAAAAGCUCUAGGUGGCACAGGAAUGAAGGUGUGAGAUCACAAUUUGCUUAUGCAAAAAUAACUCCUACAGGCCUUUAGCAGUGUUUUUCAGUUGGAAUAAAAUUCUCAGCAUAUGUAUUAAAAUUAUCUUAGGGUGCUUUAAAAGUAGGCGUAGACUGCAAGUUGCUGUAUUUCUGACUUGCUACCAAAGCAGCCAUUUCUUCAUGAGGCAUACUUUGGUGAGGGGGAAGACAUGAGUUACAGUGGUUGAUUAGGAAAGCACACAGGGCUUUCAGAAUAUUGUUCUAGAGGUCAUCCCUGGGUGACUAUUAAGAAUUGAUGAAAGGAUGCCCUAUUUGGGAGUUAAAUGCAUUAAGGGAAAGUAGUGGCUAAUCUUAUGUCUGUACCAAAGUGGGAGAUCCUAAAAAGGAUCUUGGGAGACGUCUGGUAAGGUUAGAAGGUGAGAAGACAAAAUCUUCUCUGCCUUCAUACACAGCGUGUUAAAGUUAGCCAAACUUGGUUUGCUUAUUGCUCUUUGAAGUGUACAUAAAGUUUUAUUUUUUGAUUUUUUUGUUUUGUUUUUUGGGAUGGGCUGGCCUUGAACUUGGGACAAUUUUCCUAACAGCCUCCUGAGUGCUGCGAUUCCAGGCAUGCGCCACCAUGCCCAGUUCCAUGUUUUAUGUGAGGGUGGAAAUGUUUCAUGAGGUGUCCAGUGUGAUACCAAGUAGUGAUAGUUGUGAAAUGUGCUCAGUGUGACUGAAAUAUUUUAAAUUUUAUUUCUUUAGCUACAUGUGGCUACUUUGAGUAGCAUAAUACUAGAGAAUGAGAAGUUUCUAGACAGGUGCUGAUAAUUGGUUAUACUUAAUGCUUUUACAUGAGCAAAUGUGACAUAUUGGAGAUGUUGCAUGUCCUUGGUCCAUUGUUUUCUUAGCCCUUAGGCCCUAAAUCAGUAAUGAAGAUUUUCCUCCAAUGAGGUUAUCUACAACCUCAGGGAAUUGCAAGAAUGUCCAUGUUGCCCACACCUUAUUGCCUCUUGUAAAAUAACUUUCAAAUUAGGAAUCCUCAGUUGGCUUAGGCUCAAAGCAGAUUAUCUUCAAAUGAUGCGAGGCAAACAUUUAAAUCAUGGGUUUUUAAUUUUUGCUUGUAACCCUGUUACGUGUGCAAGUAAUGGCUGUGUUUCCAAGGAUUUGAGAUAGUGUUUUCAAAUCCCCAUGAACCAAAACUUCAACCUAUUUUUUGACUUACCCAUGAAUUUUGAACAUUUGAGUAGGAAACAGAAGCACUGAGUCUGAGAAAACAACUUAUCCUAGCUACAGGUAACAUUGUAUGUCAGCACCUUCUCUGAAAUUUGAUAAGAACCAUAUCCCUACAGCAUGGGACCUGGUUUUGCUUCAGAAAUGCAGCAAAGAUAAGAGGCUCUCCCACCCAUCUUCCUCAGCUCUUGUAGAGCACCCAGACACAUAAUGAAACCAUUUCUGAUGGCUCAGACAACAUACUUGGCAAACACCUUGUUGAGAUCACUGUUGACUUCACAAUUCUCAUCCUGUACUUCACGCUUGGAUUUUGAUCCUGUGAACUCCCUGUGGUAUCUAUCACUGAACUCUAAAAAGACGUCUAUCCAAGGGACUUAACUAACACGAAUGGAGUUCAGUACCAGACUCACACAGGUCACAAAAAUAAAGCUGCUGUGUAUUUGGAGCAUAAGUCCUGCUCCCCAGAAUGGCAGACCCGAGAAUAAGGUUUUCAAAUUUAAUGGCUCAAUGUUCAUUUCCAGCUCAUUCAUUGGUUAAUAGCUUUUCCAGUUCCCAUUCAAGCUUAGGAAUCUAUGGACCAUGGCCUUGUCUGUCCUGUGUUCUAAAGGCUAAUUGCUCCAGAAGAAUAGAUGUUUCAGGGUCCCUCUUGGCUCUCCACCCAGAGUGAGGGCGUUUAGUUUAGUGGGGCUAGAUAGCUAACUAGCUAGAACAAGGUGCCAGCCAGGCUUACUCAGAUGUACAAUAUUUGACUUCCUUUUUUGGAAUUUAACUUUUUGAUGUGUUUUAUCACUAAGCCAAACCUACCCUUUACUAGAACUUUAUAUCUUUGCACAAAAGCUGCUUCUAUAAAGUAUACCUAAGGUUUCAGAAGCAGGUUGCCAGAAAGUUAACUGCUUAUGUAUUGGAAAUGCUACAGUGGGCUACUCUGCUCUUAAAUGUCCUUGGAUAUCCUGGACUGACUUUAAGCAUUUUUCCUUGUAGGGAUAUCCCAGCUCUUUGAGCACAAGAAGGAGUAGCCUGGUGGAAUCUAGUCCCCUGGGGUGAAAUCUAGCAGUGUCCGUCCUUAACUAUUAACUGCCCAUCUCUGGAAACAGCCUGUGUUUUUCAUUCCCUCACUUGGGAGUAGGCUUCCCAGUAAUGAAAUUGCCGGAUUAUACCUCCAUAGCAUGUGGAUAGGAUACAUGGCGGCACUUGGUGAAGUUUAUACUGCUUUGUCCUCUUACAUACUGUCCUGAAUAUAAAAGAAUGUCUUUCUUAGAAAAUAUUAACACCUUGGUGCAAUCUGUCUUUUCCUGAGUCAGCAAGCUCUCAGUGCAAAUGACAAAGGCUCAUUUUCCCUACCUCUCUCAACAAGUUAGAAACAUCCUAGUUGUGUCCAUGGUGGCCUUAAAAAGUCCAUACUCAAGCUUCUCUAAAUUCACUCUUGAUUUUUGCCCCCCUUUUCAGUUCUUUUUAGGUUUUAGUUGUAGUUCUAUACCAUUCAUCCCUCUCCCACUUCUCUGCAACUUUAUGGCAAUUCACAGUUCUCUUCUUGACCAAUAUUUGCACUAAGCAGCUUCAGAAUGCUCUGGACACAGUUUACAUGCACACAUCUUUUCUACUGUGCUAGACAUAGGAUUAAUACCUGCUGCCAACAGUGGACAUAUUCUUGUAUCUAGCUGAUACAGAUGCAUAGUUGUAAUUGCUGCGAUCUAAAAGAUGACACAUUUUACACCUACUGUUACAGUGCCUCCCGGAUUAUCUGUUGAGUCAUUUUAUUCCUGUCCAUGAGCCUUCUUCAGUACCAAUCUAAGUUGCCCUCAUUUUGCUUCUAGCAUACUGCAGUAAUCUUAUCUACCCACAUAUACUCAGAUCAAUUUCUAAUCAUUUGUUCAUACAACAGCCAUAUUGAUUUUUCCAAAGCACACAUAUCAUGGUAGUUCUUGGCUUAAAACCAUUCUGGCUUCAUUUGAUUUUAGAAGAUAAUGACACGUCUUAAGUUCCUAAGUCCAAAGGUGGCCUAACCCUUGCCUAUGUGUAUGUCCCCUACCAUAUGCUCCCUCACUUUCCCUGUUAUCACAAUGCACCUCUCUUUGUCUCUUAAUUCUCAUGCACUCUCCCACUUUUGCCCAUUUAAUUUCCUAAUUCUAUUUAUCCUUCAGAUUUUAACUUAAAUGUCACUAAUAGGAGAAGCCUUCCAUUUUUAUUAAAAAUCUCCAGCUCUGCUCGCAUCACUCUUCAUAUGAUUGGUUAUUGUGGUUUUCUUAUUAAAGCUCAGAAAGGACCUCAUCUUUUUAGUGUUCAUUAAUGUAUCCCCAGUACUUGUGUCUGAAAGUAGUACAUGUUGAGUGGAUGAAUGGGGAUGGAAGAGGAACAAGUGGGGAAGGGUUUAACUGUGCAAGGCAGCCUUGGAAAUGGAAAGCAAUGCUGAAGAAUUAACUUCAGCACAACCAGAAAAAUGUUACAAUGCCUUGUGCCCAACUCGAAGGGGUGCAUAGAGGUAGGGUUCACAGCACUGUCUUUCAGUUUAGUAGUUCACAAUCUCAAUGUCACCCUCCAACAAGGCCCUCUAUGAUCGGUGUUUAAUGCUUUAAGUCUGAUAAUGGGGCAUCAUCCAAAGAAGGAUGUGUCCAUUGGGGUUAACCUGUUUUUUAAUCCAAUUUUCCUUAUAAGGUUCACUCUUAGCAGCUUUCCUACCCCUCACUCCACCCCCCAAAAUCUAACCUAGGGCACUCUACCAUUGAACUACAUCCCCAGGCCUUUAUAUUUUUUUCCUUUUUUGUGUGUGGAACUCAGGACCUUGCGCUUUCAAGGCAGGUGCGGUGCCACUGAGCUAAAGCCCUGGCCCCCUUUUUUAUUUUGAGACAGUCUUGCUAAAUUACCCAAGCUGGCCUCAAACUUGUGAUCCUCCUGCCUCAGCCUCAGCUUUCUGAGUAGUUGGUAUUAUUGCUGUGCACCACUCACACAUCUUGAGUAUCUAUAGCUUGAAGACUUACCAAAAAUGUGAAUAUGCCUGUUGAAACACUUCUCUGAUAAAGAAAUAGAAUAUUACAAACCUCCCUCAUCCGCUCAUUACUCCCACUAGAUUGCCACUCUUGUAUCAUCAUGGACAGGUUUUGCACAUUUCUGAACAAUAUAUAAAUGGAAGAGUAUUGAUUGUGCUGCUGAUGUUUGGGGUAGUCCUGAGAGCAGAGCUUG